AACAGGCUGUCUGCCAGAGGCCUGCUGGGGCCCAGCCUUGCGUAGCCCCUGGGGAACCAGUGUGCAGUCCAUGCUCUGCCCUCAAAGGGCUUUGCCCUGGUGCAGCAGACAGCAGCGAGCACGGCAGCCCUAGGAAGCCCGAGCAGAAGGGACAGUGUUAGGGCCAGCAGCCACAGCGACCCUCCAUGGCAGGGUGAGGAGAUGCAGGCUAGCCUGGCCUGCAGGGUGCCCCUUGUGCCAUCCAGGGGCCAGGAAGUCCAGUCCAGCCCCUGCCUGUGUAUGAAAGGGCCACAGCGCAGCGCAGGGCGACCUGGUUAGAGUGACACACCAUUGCACCCCACACGCUGCUCUGUGCGAAUCAGAUGCCCCCAGGUGACCCUCACAGCAGACCCACUAUAGGUGAGGAAACUGAAGCUCUGAUCAUGCAGGCAGAAACUGCCAGAGGAAGCCUUUAAAGCCAAGUAAUCUGACUCCAAGGCUGAGGUCCCAGCCAGUGCAGCUAUUUAUUGUGAUGCUUUGGGUGGGUCCUUUCCCGUCUUUGGGCCCGAUUGGCUCUGGGGGGUUAGAUGAGACCUCUGAGGAUCCUGCCCGCCCUCACCAGUGACUGGUUGGUCGCAACAUGGUCUUUUCCACUUGGCCACUGUGAGAGUAUAACCUUGGGCCCCCUGCAGCAGUCGGGGUCAGGGCUGCUGAACCAGAAUAAGCCCAUUUUCCACAGAUUCCCAGACCUGUGUCCAGUGAGCUUUGCGGUUCAUUCAGGGUAUUCCCAAAGAGGAAUCCUGGGCCCUGAUGAUGAACUACUGAAUAUGAGAGUAAUACCAGCAUACACAGGCAGGCCAAACAUGCUGCCAGUCUUGGCUUGUGGAGCAAACUGGUUCCCACCCCACCCUGCCCCUUGUCAGGUCAUCAGGAAACACUAUUUAAGGACUUCUUAUGCUAAGUUGUUUAUAUACAUUAGCUCUCUUAAACCUCGCUACAUCUCAGAGAUAGCCACCAUGUUCCCCCAUGUUAAAGAUGAGGAAACUGAAGCUUAGACAGGUGAAGUUAGCUGCCCCAAAUUCCAUAGCUAAUGAGGGGUGUGAGACAUCAUACUGCCUGCAACACCCAACAGGUGGCUUUUGUCUUAGAUCCCGCUCACCACGCGGACUACACAGGCUCCUGUCAGACCGGAAAUGCUGCCAGCAGGGCAGUAAGAAGCAGGCCUUUUCAGUGGGGUAGUCAUUACAGAGCCCACAGUCACCCAGGACUAUCCUUUGUUACCCAGGUUGCAGCUCAGGUUUAAGGGGAUAAGACAUACCAGGGAGAAGUGGGGUUCACCUUGGAUUAGAAGUAUCACACCCCAGGGCAGCCAGUAGCUUCCCCACUGCCAUCAGCAGAGCUUCCAGGUCUGGGCAGGACGUGCCGGCUGAGUCCCUGCCCUUAGGAGGCCCCACAGGCAGGGACGUGCACAGUCCAUGCGCUGCCUCCUAGGCCAGGUGACUUACAGUCGGGGCAGUUCUGCUGUAAGCACUGUUCUUUGAAAUGGUCGACACUCCAUUUUUAUCUGGUUUCCAAGGGAACAGAACCAGAAAGGUAACCAAAUGUUAAAUUCUACAGAAGAGAGGAUUUGUUACCCUUUUACUCAUGCUGCCCUAGCCCCUGGGCAGGAUUGAAUUGAAUUGAAUGUCAUUUAUGAGAAACAAAAAGCAAAAAACCAGCCUAAACUUUUGAAACUAUUUCACAAAGCCAAGCUUUCUAAUAGUGACCCAGAGUCAUCCAAAGAAGCUGACGGGGUCUCUGGCAGGUGAGGCCACACCGUUGACCCCAACAGGGCAGCCACCCACGCAGCGGGAAGGCACAUGGGAAAGCAGGACUGAGCACAGAGGCUUCCCGAGAGCAGCUUCCCGUGCCCACCCUCAUCGCCAUGACAAGGAGAGACGCUGACUCUGGUGCUAAAGAGCAUGAGGAAAGAAAAACCCAGGCCCUUGAGGAGAGAAAGUCCAGGCUCCACUUAGGGCUGAAUCCUUUGAGAACCUCUAUGCCCGGUCCCCCCCUCCCCUGUGACCACUCCCCACCUGCCAGCCACAUCAUGGCCUGUGUCCCUGGGCUCUGCGCUGUCUCUCUUGUCCCGGCCAUUAGUCCUGAGCGGAAGUGUCCACACCACUCCUCUUUGGUGUUUUGUGGAACAACCUGGGGCCCUUCUCUGGCCUGUGGCACUGGUGGGCCCAGUAGACACACUAUCUCUGCCCUCAUGCCCAAUGCCAUGACCCCUCCUCAGAAGAAGCACAGGUGACUUGCCGCUCGUCUUUACAACCAAGGCUGAAAGCAUGGAAAUCAUUCUGCUUGAGGGACUCCAGACACUUUCUCCUCCCUCUGUCGUCCCUCUGCUUUUUGCAGUCUCCUGUAACUUAAGGGCCCAAGUCCCCCCAUCCCAUCAGGGAAGCUCCACAGCUGGAAACCUGCAGGCCAAGUGAGAGAAUUAUGUAUUUGUGCUUGGCCUGCAACAACCAAAGCCACUGAGGAUGGUUCCGGGGCCAGCAGCCAGUAGGUCCCAGGGUAUAGGCACCGGGCCCGAGAUACCUUUGGGCUGUGGGCCGACCCUGUCAGAGGGUAGGCAGGAAUCCUCCAGCCGCUGGUACGCAAGGGAGGAGUCAAGGCAGACUGGCGUGUUCCUGGGGCCAAAGGGUGAAGGCUGCCUCUAUCUACACCCCACCCUCCCCUGAGUCCCGGAGUGUGCUCUCCUGGCAUCCUGUCCUCUCCAGCAUAAGGCUGAGCUCAGUCCCCGCCCACACCCCUCCCCUGCCCCUCAGCUGGGGUUCCUAGGCAGCUUGCUCAGACACCCAUGCUUUCUGUGGUGUCAGGGAUCCCAGCCACAGGCGCCACCCAGUGGACACUCUCCAGAUAACGUGAGAAGAGCCCUAUCUACAGCCUCCCUCUGCCCCUCAUCUUUGGGCCCACCUCACAUUCUUUAAAUUCAAGAAGUCUUUUACCUCCAGUGCCAAGGAGGGUUGUCAGUAAGGUCACGGACAUCCAGUAAGACGACUGAAGGGAGCUGCUUGUUCCACAACACUGAACUCAUGUCCGCCACCACCUAGCUCCUACAAAGCCUGGGGUGCUGUAAAUAACCCAGUUACACUGCAGUGCAUUUCAGUAUUUAAAAUAUCAUUUUGCAAAUGUAUUUAGUGCUUACAAUGAAAGACAGUUUUUAUCCCCCCGGCCAAAAAAAGAUGGAACUGAUGUUCAACUCACAGAAGGUUAACAGAGCCCAGGGAAAUAUGUAAUACAAUCAUUGACAGAGAUUUCCAGUAAGAAUGGGGAAAGAUUUGGCACUCAAAUCCGUUUGGGAAAUUUCAUGCCAAACAGCUGGUUGAUAGUGAGGACCCUGGUACAUGUCUCAUCUGUCAGGGCACCUCUCCUGGCCUGCUGUCGGUCUCUGCCUAACUCAACAUGGCUUAACAGCCUAAAUCAGCCACAGCCCCCCUUGUACACUUUCUGUGAGAACAGCUCAUGAUGGCAGAGUCUAGAAAGGCCUGAAGAGGAGGACCCCGGAGAGCUUAGAGCUGUUACCCCGUAACUCUUGGCAUGGAUGCAGAGACCAGGCAGCGCUGGCUGCAGAGUCCCUCCCCAGAGCCUCACAGUACCACCUCUCAGGGCCUGGGGCCUCUUCCUUGCCCCCACACCACAGUCGCUCAGGUUCCCCACCCAAGCUUCUGCCUCAGUCCCUCAGGGAAACAAAAUUUCAUUAGCAUCUUCAGAACGGGCUGCUCAGAAGCGGAGGUCAACCUUUGCAUCUGCCCUUGGACACCACCCUCCGCCCCACACCCCACUGGAGCUUGCAGAGGCAGUGGGCAAGUGCCGCCGACAUCUGCGUGAGGAAAGGCGCUGUCACAGCCCCCACCCACCCAGGAACAGAUUUCUGCUAAUAAAGACCGUGUAUCACCUGAAUCUUGGUACCUGUCGAAUAGCAGGUGACAGCCCUGUCCUUCAAAAGAGAUGGCAAUGCUUGACCUAUUUCUCAGGGCUCUUCAGGACAGGAACCAUCUCUGCAGCGCUGGAACCAACUGCAUUCUGAUCCCCGCUCAGGGAGCCUGGGAUUGGUGACUGAGGUGGGAGGUGAGGCCCAGUGUGGGCACACGGGCCUGGAGAGGCCUGGCAGAGGGAGGAAGUGUGUCUUCAGCCCCUGGAUUCUAGGAGCUGUCCGGAAGGAGCCCUGCACCAAGCUGCACGGGACGUCUGUCUACAUGGGGGUGGGGCGUCAAGGAGAAGUGUUCCUGACCCUCUUCACAGCCUACCUGCUGGAGGCAUUGUCGACUCUCCUGAGCUCACAGAGGUGGCUGCACAGGCCCCGCCCACUUCCCAUGGCCCUGGCUCCCCCUCCUGAGCCAAGCCCCUAAGUGCCCUGGGGAGCUGCUGGCCAGGGGUCAGGGGUCUGUGGGAGCUGAGGGCUGGCACCUCCCAUGCUCCCCCAGGAACCAUCAGGACAUGAGGGUCAUAGGCCUUCCUCUUCCCCCUAUUCCUGUUUGCUCUGAACAUCCCCACUCCAGCAGUGGUGGCCCCCAGACCCUGACUGCCUUAAGGAUCCAAUCUGAAAAGAUGCAGGCCAGCCGUACCUGCCACAGAGACCGGAGGCUGGGUGUGUGUGGGUGAGUGGAGGGGCUGGUGUGUGCACAGCUCAGGAGCAAGGUCCCUGGCCUAGUGAGAGGUGGUGGGGGACGUACCCAAGGGCCCAGCUCUGACCCUCACUUCUGCUCCCUGGACCCAAACCAGAGGAUUUGGUCUAGACAAACCUCAAAUUAUAUGUAUAUAUGCAAACACUGUUGUCCUGUGAGGGGCCACAGCUUCCAUCAGUGUACCCAUAGCAUAAGAACCUCUCUCUAAACCCUCUGACCCAGCCUAACCCCUUCAGAGCCUCUGCUGGGCUCACACCAGCUUCAGAGCAGGCAAGAAGCCCAAGGGGUCCGUGACUAAUCCUCAGAGCCCUGGGUUAAUGCCCCAGCCUGGGGCUUCCUGAGGGAAGACAGGCCCGCUGGGGCCAAUGACAGGAUAUGGGGGCCCCUCAGAGACCUGAGUUCUGCCUCUGCCCCUCUUGGGUCAUAUCGCCUCAGUCUUCCCUUCUGUGGAAAUGGACCGGCAGGCGCACACGCUCUGUUCGCUGGCUCAGCUCUGCCUCCCCUCCUCCCUGUCCUAGGCCUUGGGUGGGUGGCAGGGCCCUUCCUGCUGGCCCUCUGCCCACCCUCUCUCUCUCUGGCCCUCCUCAGCCCCUGUCAAUCUGUGAACCUCCCCAGAGCCUCGGCCUCCCCGAGUCCCCUGGGAGGCCCUGGGCCAGGCUGAGAGCCCAGGGCCCUGGGAGGAGCAGCCCGCGGUGAGGAAUCCUAGAAGCCCCUCCAGGGCAGGCCCCUCCAGAGACUCACAGGAAGAGACCACCAAAACACAGGCGCACCCCCGACCGCCGCCAUGGAGCCCCCAGGCAAGCAGCCCCUGCGGGAGCUCCCCCCAGAAGAGCCCCCGCCUGAGGACUCAGGUGCCAAGGCAGCUCCCAGCAGGCACAUUCUCUUCGUGGGCCACCUGAACCCCCAGUUCUCGGUGCCAGUCCUCACCUGCCUGCUGAGAGAUGCCCUGGAGCGGCUCGAACUGCCGGUGGCUCGAGAGCACAUCGAGGUCGUCCGGCGGCCACGCCAGGCCUACGCGCUGGUGCAGGUGGCCACCCCCGAGGACACCCUGGCCUCCCUGCCCCGGCGCCUGCACAGGGCCUGGGGGCAGCACCAGAUCAUCAAGGAACUGGUGGCCCGCGGGAAGGAGCCAGUGCUGGGUGAGGGCCGGGAGCUUUCAAACCGCCGAGAGCAGGAAGAGGACACUGGCCCCAGCCCCCAGCAAGCCAGGCCGGCCCGACCCCUUCCUACCCGGGCACUGGGCCCACAAGGAGUCUCCCCCAGCUGGCCCAGCGGCACGCGCUCAGACAGCGCCAUCACGGACCAGGGCAUUCUGGGCCAGGAGCGCCUCUUCCAAGGCGCCUUCCUGGGCAACGAGACGCGCAACCUGGAGUUCAAGCGCGGCGGCGGCGAGUACCUGAGCCAGGCCUUCAAGCACCACCUGCGGCGCUACGUGUGCGCCUUCCUCAACAGCGAGGGCGGCAGCCUGCUGGUGGGCGUGGAGGACAGCGGCCUGGUGCAGGGCGUCCGCUGCAGCCACCGCGACGAGGACCGCGUGCGCCUGCUGGUGGACUCCGUCCUGCAGGGCUUCAAGCCCCAGGUCUUCCCCGACGCCUACAGGCUCACCUUCAUCCCCGUGGUCAGCACCUCCACCACCGACACCCUCCUCAAGGUGAUCCGCCUGAGCGUGCAGGCUCCCAAGGCCCAGGCCGAGCCGCAGCUCUAUGAGACCGACCAGGGGGAGGUGUUCCUGCGGCGGGACGGGAGCAUCCAGGGCCCGCUGUCCGUCAGCGCCAUCCAGGAGUGGUGCAGGCAGAAGUGGAUGGCCGAGCUGAGCAAGCUGGAGGAGAGGCUGCAGGCGCUGAUGGCGGAGAAGGAACAGCUCCAGCAGCAAGUGCAGCAGCACAGGCCCGUCUCCUGCACCUGCUGCGUCUUGUGAGGGCCUAGUGCCCCACCUGGAACAUGCGGGGCUUUCCUGCUUGACCCCAGGUUCCCCCCAGUAAAACCAGUCUGGGCUGCUCAGAGGUGGACAGGAACACUGCACUUCCUGGCUCCUGUGACACCGUGCAUACAGGCUGGUCCCCACGUAGUGUCAGUCCUGAGCAGACCCUGGGCUGUGUAGCUAAGAAACUGCUCUUAGCAUGAGCCCUCCCCCCAAAU